AAUUCAACUCACCGAAUCAUCGUGACUCCUUGAAAAAUAAAUGGGUGGUCACACUCCACUUCCAGCACAGUUCAGUUCAUGUUUUAUUGCAAUACCUUCGCCGUGCAUCACUGUGUCACCAUAAUAAUGGACAUUUCGCUACUUGCCAUAUUCCUGAAGUGAGAGCUUACAAUACACCCUAAAAAUAAUACAAGGAGAUGCAAGAAAAAAAAAAUCUGACUCGCAAUGAAAAGAACAGCUGUAAGGGCGUGGUUAUCUUGUGUGGGUCAAGACAACAAAGUUUUGCACAUUCACAUAAGAUUUUGCAGCACUCAGUCCCUUAGGUUUUACAUUGAAUGCUGUGUCCGGACCAUCCCACUGUCCGAAUCAUCACCGCUCUCCCCUAUGCAACCUGCUGCAUAGAUUUGUAUAUAUAAGUUAUGAGGAGAGAGAGUUUUUCAGGCACACAAGGGACUCAGGGGUUUUGCUGGUGUGUGCAAAACUCAGGUGUCCUCCAUUAGCUGCAUCUGCUGCUGAUUGCCAAAAAUGUUACCCUACACAACAUUUCCAUCUUGCAGGAGUUGCCAGCCCGGCAGUCUUGUAGAGUCACUGUGCUUCCUUCCUUUGUGUUGGUGAUAUUGUAUGAAUUUCCUUUAUUGCUGUUUCCUAUUUUCAUUGUUUUCUUCCAUUUGAUAGUUUUAAGCUCUUUUGAGUGUUUUGGGGUAUCAUGUGUUGUGCAAAUGAAUAAUAACCAUAAUAUGACCUAUUAACCUUGACCCCCUGCGUGUUGACCGGUUAUGUAUAGGUUAGGAAGAGAGGUUAGGUUAGAGAGGUUAGGUCAGGUUAGGGUAGAUUUAGUUUGGUUAAUUUGUUAAGUUUACUUUUUUUUGUUAAUACAUAUUUGUGAUACGCUUCGUUCUGUGCCGUUGUUGUAACUGGCGGAGGUGAACCAUGAAUUUAGCUGCCUGCAGACGCAUGGGUUCCCACAUACACUUCAUGGCUAUUUUACAGAUGUUUUGAUCUCUACACUCUUUCCAAUAGAUUUCCAGGAGGUUUCAAGGCAAGUAGAAAAUAUAUAUGACAGCAGAAGAGGUGUUGGUUAAAUAGGAAAUGAGAAUAGAAAAUGAGAAAUUGACUUGGUCAUGUAAUUGUUAUUAUUCAUUUGCAAAACAAAUGAUGACUCGGAACACUCAAAAGGGCUUAAAAACUAUCAAAUAAAAAAAUAAAAAACUGAUAAUAGGAAAUGGCAGUAGAGGAAAUAUUUAUUAAGACAUUCUAUCUUGCAGCUGUCAUCCUGGUAGAGGUUCAUGUACUGUACAACCUGUAACUCCACCUCCUAGCCUCGCUUCUCGGUGGUGUGUGUGUGUGUGUAGGGUGGAUGUUAUGAUUCAGUAGUUGGAUUUUUGUUCUUGAUUGGCCCAGUGAUAGUCACUUCAUAUUUUGAAUUCUUGCACUGUUUGGACCUUAAAACUUUUUCAGGUAUAUCUUUUCACAGUUAUAACACAACAUGCACAAUAAUAUUUCAGUAUAUUUUACUUGGGCCUGGUCUUGCAGAUUUUUCUGGUGUUCCCUCUGGUCCUAUCACCCUUUCAUGAAAUACAUUUUUCAACAGCAUCAUAUUUCCCAUUGAUAAUUUUGUAGGUCUCGACUGCAUCCCCCCGUGAUCAUCUGUAGAUCACUGAUGGCAGGUUGAAUCUCUAAUGUCUUUUGAAAUAGCAGUUCAUCCCAGACAUCAUCUUCCUGCACCCUUUCCACAGCUUCCAUAUCCUUUAUCAGGUGGGGGAAAUCAGUUGGGGUUAUUUGUGAAGUUCAUGACCCCCUCUAGACUGCAAGCCAGUACAUGUAAUUAUGGCAGUAGGCCAAGUGUAAAUAUUUCUGAGAUAGUUUGAUGUAUUUGAUAUCAUCAAUUCUAGACUUAAUACACAUAAUGUGUUGGUAAAACUAAAGAUUUAUAUAAGGUAGUGUGUGAGAUCUCAGGAAGGUAAUCAUCAUCAUGAGACAAAAGGAAGAGGUAGUGGCAGCAUUUCUGCUCUUAAAAUUCACAGAAUGCUCUAGACCAAUUGCUGUCUUGUUAUUAUUCUUUAAACAAUACAGGAAAGCUAUGUACAUAGCAUUUAUAUUAUAUUAGGUCCUAUAAGUGAUCUGAAGAUGAUUUUAAAUAAGCAGGGAUGAGGCACAUUGGUUAUAUGUGAAUGGUAUGACUUUUUGUGUAAGGGACUUGAACAUUUUUAGAUGCCAGUAUCCUGAGGGGGCCUUGGAACCAAUAUUCCACAGAUAACAAAUAAUGGGUAAGCAAAAUGAUUGGAAAAGCUAAAUCAUUUGAUAUUCCAAACUCUACAUACACCUAGAGUAAUUUGUCACAGAAACACAGGACAUUACUGUUGCAAAAACGUGUAUGAACAAGGAAAACUAGAGAUAUCUGGAAUAAUACUCUUGGGGGGAGCUCUUGGAGGGAACAGGAUGUCAGGGCCUUAGACAUAACUAUUAUUACUCAAGGAUAUGAUGAGGUUAUCAAUCUUCAGUGCAACAGAAAUUUCUUUCUUUAUGAUCGCACUGAAUUUUUUUUCUUCACUCCUUGAGUUGUUUUUUCAGUUCAUGUCUUCCAGAGUUCUUGAAUAUUUUUGGCUUUCUCUGUUUUCUUUUAUUUCAUAUUAAGAUACUUUCCAAUCAGGCCCUCAUGAUUAAUAAUUUCUUCCAUUUUUUUCUUUACCAUACUCAGCUCUGACCUAGCUCCAGUUAAGGUCUGCGCUGAUCAUGUUUGCUCACAGGCUGGUUAUCUCCAUGAGUGGACUCAGCUUAGAAGAAUAUGACCUACUUGGCGAUUCCAAGUACCGCGCCUACGUGGCUGCGGUGGACAAAACUCUCCGCAACUUUGAGAACACCAGUGAAUGGGCUGACCUUAUAUCUACACUGGGCAAGCUCAAUAAAGCACUCUUGUCACAUAUGAAGUAUCCUGUGGUACCAAGACGUAUCACCAUUAGUAAGCGCUUAGCCCAGUGCAUGCAUCCAGCCCUUCCAUCUGGGGUGCACCUGAAGGCUCUGGAAACGUAUGACAUAAUCUUCAAGUGCAUGGGAACCAACAGACUCUCACAGGAACUUUUCAUAUACAGUGCUGGACUGUUUCCCCUCUUCAGCAGUGCUGCUAUGAAUGUGCGUUCUGCCUUGCUGACAGUUUACGAGACACAUUUUGUCCCUCUUGGUCCACGCCUGAGGCCAGGACUCAAUGGCUUCCUCUCUGGAAUCUUGGCUGGAUUGGAAGAAGGUUCAGACCACCUUGAGAGAACUUCUCAGCUACUGUCUCGUGUGGCUGAAGGUGUGGGUCAGGCAGAGUUCUUUGGUUGCCUCUGGGACUGUGUUUGGGGGAACUCCGGUGUGCGUCUUCCUGGCAUCACUCACAUCAUGUCCUCCUACAACAGAAAACUCUCAACAGAGGACCAGCUUUAUAUCCUUGGUACUAAUAUUGAUGUCAUGGUUGCAGCCCUGUGUCAAGCUAUGGAGGACAGCAGUGUUAUGGUGCAGCGAGCAGCACUGGACCUGACCCUCGCAGCGCUGCCCAUGCACAACACUCAGUUGCUGCGCCAUGACCUUGUGAGGAUUGUCACUUCUGCCAUACUGGUGUUGCUAAGAAGAGACAUGUCCCUCAACAGACGCCUGUAUGCCUGGCUGCUGGGCUCUGAGAUCAACUUGUCUCUCCUCUCUUCUGAACACCCAAUCAUUAAGCGCCUCAACAGUGCCGUGAGUGACUCAACAGUGGAUGAUGGGGUAGAAGUGAAUGCCUAUUUUGAGUCUUUUUCAAGGCCACUCCUUGUUGAAGGGAUUGUUGCUUGCUUGAGAACCAGUCAAGGAAAGAAUCCCCCAGACCUGAGGCCGUACAGACUUAUUGUGUCACUCCUGGAUAAGCCAGAGAUUGGGCCAUACAUCUUGGACAACAUUUUUUUGGACUUACUCAGGUGCUUAUAUCACACUUGUCAAGUCCUGAAGAAGACAAGUGAUCCUGUCUCAGAGCCCAGCAGCAGGCGACAAAGCACAACAGAAAAGCAAAGUCCUUCAUUGCCACAGUCACCAGAUGCCACUGCCAAGCCCCCUGGCGAUGGUAAUAGAGGUUUUCAUGAAAUAACAAAAACAGCAACUCUUGUUUUCAAUGCCUUGCAACCUUCAUAUCCUUGGAUGCACUUAACUGAUCUUCUAAGGCAAACUUGUGUUCUCAAGAAAACCACCAACUUCAGUAUGAUCGGAGAGAGGAAGAAAAGGGAGGAGUGUAUGGUGUUGGUUGAGGAUGUUGGUGAACCACAAACAAGUGUGUAUGAAGUUUGCACCCUCCUGCAGCACCUGUUGACUUCACUUCCACUGGAUACACAACAACAGACUCAGGCAUCACGAUUGCCAGAGGUUCUCUCCACAGUGACAUCUCUCCUAACAGACCACCUCUUGGUUCUGGAUGCUUGGGAACUAUUAGCAGGACUUUCCCUCUGUCAGGCAAUUGUGCACAAGUUGAUUCCUUCAGUCACUCUACCUCCAGCUAAUUCUUCAUCACGGCCUGAUUCAAGAACGAGCAUUGCCACGUUUGCUUCAUUGCAGCUUCAGGCAUUGUCUCAGAUAUCCCCAGUGGUGCGGCCAAUGUCAGUGCCAGAAGCUAUGGCGAGAGAGAGCCCUCCUACUGAGUGCGGAAUAGUUCAGAUUGGCAUCGAGGCAAGUGAGGAGGAUUCUACUCAAAAUGGACAAAGUUCAAGUAGUUCAGUGGUUGAUGGAUGCAGCAAUGUGGGUGAUAUGCUAGAAGUGGAAGCUGAAACCUCAUUCAUCUCUAGUCCAAACAGUAUUACAGACAACACCAAAACAAAGUUGGUAGUGACUAAAAGUGACACUGGAAAUAACAAAGAGUUAACUGAAAGUGAACAUUAUGGUGAGAAAACAGAUGAUAUCUUUGAAUGCAGUGAAGAACAAAAUUUAAAUGAUAGAUUUGAGAGUGGAUCAGACAUAGAGUUGGAAGCAUCUGCAGCAGAAAAGACUGAUGCUGAAGCUGUCAAUGAAGCAAGUCUUCCCGCAGAGUUAUUGUUAGAUCAUCAUGAAGGAAGUGAAGAUGAAUUUGAAAGUGCACCCCAGAGUCCUAACCACUGCAAGUUUUCUCCAAUACAUAGUUAUGUGAAGGAUUUUGAGAGAUUUUUCCUUGAGUUUAUUCAAAAGAAGCUUCUCUCAAGUAAUUCAUCUCUCACUGACUUUCAACAAUGUCUGUUCAAGGGUGAAGUUUUAGGCGCUGACAGUCUCUCAGACCUAAAGUGUCUGCUAAAUGAAUGUUUGCUCUCAUGUGAAACCAGCAUGAAGCCCGUGGCACAGCAGAAAACAGGAAAGAAGCCACAUCCUUCAUCACCUGGGGCUUCUCACUCCCGUACACAUUCCCCACAUAGGAAAAAACUCACUAACAUUGAUUUGCAUUCCACUGUUCACUUUAACACAGAGUGCAGUGAACAGCUGGAAGUGUUUCAAGUGUCAUGCAGUCUCCUGGUGGACCUCUCUUCCUUGCCCACCACGCUUGAUGUCGUCCCUGCCUGUCCAACCAUCAACAUUCCUCAGUGGCUUUUUAGCUUGUUAGCUUGUGUUAUAUGUGGUCAACAAGUGUCUCCACAGUUCUUGCUUGCAUCAGUAUCAACCCUUUUAGAGCUGGUGAUGCUGGCACAGUCUGAACUCUCUGUGUGGAGAAGAACAGGCACACUGGACGCAGGGGGAGGGGAGGCAGGGGUGGUCACCGUCAACAUAACGCCUCUUCUCCUCCCGGCACACACACACAUUCUUCUUCAUCAUACGUCUGUUUAUCAACAUGUUGCCAGUCAAUUGUGGACAUACUUAGAAGCAAGUCUGAGUCAGUUCCAUGUCAGCAGCACAGAACUCCUGCUGCAGCUACACAGCCUGACUUUACCUUCAAGUUGCAGUGCCACUCUCACCUCAGCCUCACCCCAGUCACCCACAUCUGUAGUGGAGAGACAAAUGCUUCUAGCUCUAACUCGCCAGCUACCAACCUGCUCUCUCAAAAAUGAGAAUGGUGUUCUUUGGAGUCAUGGAGGAGUGCGGGCAGAGUGUGACAGCGCUGCCAUGUUGCAGUGGAUGACCUUCUGGCAGGUGUCCCGCACAGUUGCACUUGGAGCUUCUGGGAAAAAGCCAGGUUUUGACAGAUGUUUGUUUUUGAUGGUGGAGCGCUUGCAAGGCAGCAGUGGGUCAGAACGGAGUCUUGCCCAUGCAUGGCUCACUUCCUCUCUCCAGCGCAAUGACAUGGGUCGCCUCAUUGACCCCAUCCUGGUGCUGCUGCUCCAUCCCCACACACGCAGAGUCAGCGUGCAGCACGUCAACAUUGAGAAGCUGCCUCCCCCCCAACAGGGUCAGGGGAACAAGUGUGUGUUUGAAGAGUCUCAGAUCUAUGCCAUCAGCUCUGAAGGGGGGGAAGUUGUGUACCAUGUCAGCAAGGAAGGCAGGCAACCUCACUCAAAAAGCAGACAAGCAAUAGCCUCAAAUAAGCACAUAUUGGCCCUUACAUCACUGUCAGGAGAUAAUAAGAAAAUUGUCACACAUCAUGCCAACUUCACAGAAUUUGAAUUGCCCUCAAGCUGCAGUCAACCUCAGCGACAGUCCCCAAUAUCUGUUAUGGUGAACCCUUUCACCCAACAUCCCUGGAUAGACAUGGAGGAUAUUGCUAAGAUGAAUAAGCCUUCAAAUAUUUCUAAUGCAAUAAGGAUACAGAAUGGUAGUUACCAAAAGUCAUCUACAACAGUAUUACUUGAAGAGGUCAAGAGAAACUCACUCAUUGGUGUGGAAGAAGAAGCGAGUGAUGUUGAAGAAUGGACAUCAAAUCAGAUGGUUCAGGGCAUUUUGGAAGAUAUUGUUGAUGCUGUUGUAUCUACACAUUUCAGAGACCCUGAGAGUGAUGGGUCUAGUGAACAAGAUACAAUCUCUCAGUCAGUUGUGAGUGAUGUUACCUCUGAACAAAGCAGACAUCCUUUCCACUCACACAUGCUUCUGUACAUGCAGAUAGUUGACAGUGGGCAGUGUCUCAAUGGAUUAUCACUCUUGAGAAACAUAAUUGAAGCACAGCCUAAACUAUCUCUGUUGACACUUGCAUCAACAAGCAUUAGCUCAUUACAGUCAGCAUCACCACUAAUAAUUUUAUUGGCAAGGCACCGCCGAUCAGUCUUCGGGGAUGGAUUUGAUGGUGGAAAUGCCAAUGACAUGGUUAGUCAGUUUCGAUCUACAAUGUACCUGCAAGUUGUUAUCACUGUGUGCCUUUAUUACCUUCGCUCAUACUACCCCUGCCUUCCACACCUUAGAUUAAGAGAUGAGCACUUGAGAGACAACCAGGAAGUACAGGUGGCAUCCUCUGAGGUACUCAGCCUUGUUUUCUCUCACCUGUCUUCAGUGGUGACAGAUUCUCCUCGGGGGUUCAUACCAUACAUCACUGAUCUGCUGAGCAAGUGUAAAGUACAGAAGUGUGUUUUGCAUUGCUUAUUGUCUACUGUACAUGCUAUAAAUGGAAACAACACAGCAUCCCAAGAGCCUCGGACUUUUACUGAAGAAAUACUGGACUACAAUUCUGGCCUUCCCAGUCAGUCUUGUAAUAUUGCUAGGCUAGAAACUUACCUUGCUCGAGUUAUUGACCUCACUCUUGCUCUAAUUCGCCUGGAGGAUAUCUUGGCUGCUGAUCGAGCUGAGAGUGGGGUUGUGAAGGACCCACCUAGUGUCAGUAUGAAGUACUCGGGGAUAAAUUCAGCCAAGUACCAGCCUGGACAGCCCAUUCCAGCUCAGCCCAUGUUCAUGGAGGUGGUAACAGCAGCACUGGGCCAUCACCACAUGCGGCACCUUCAUGGAGCUUGGCUGCACUUGUUCACUGCAUCGCUGCCUCACAUGGGCCCCUCCCUCCCCAGCAACAGCCUUCGUGUAACUUCCCUGAUUUGUGAGCUGCUGGAGCACAUGGCAAGCUAUUACAAACCUGGAACACAGGCACCUCAAACACCUCCUGACUAUACCCUCACCCUGCUGCAGUAUCUCACCACCACUGUUCAUUUUUGUCUCCUGGAUGCAGCACAGUCUCCAGCAUUUGGUUCUUCCUCCUAUUCACCAUCAUCUACCACCCCAGCUGGUCAGACUGCUGGUCAGAUAUUGUACAAUUUGUUACAUGUGUUUUCUCCAGUGGGUGAAAUUCUUGAUGCCCCUGUUGAUAACAGCAACCUGGACCCACAAGCUUGUGCCCGGCACACCCUCUUGUGUCACCUUCCACGAAUAAUUUCAGCACUGCUAUCAUUGUGGGUAGCCACAGGGGAAACACAGGAGGGCACUUCCAUCAUGGGAAGUAGGAAGGGUGUUAGACAACAAAUAGUGGAGUUAUUGUCACCUAUAUGUCACCAUCAAACACCUCAUCUCCUUGCAGCUGUUAGUGUUGUCUGGCAGAGUAUUGGUAUUGCUGCAGCAGAUGCUCUAAACACCAAGAACAGCAGCUCAAACAAUGGCAUUCACAUGAAACAAAGUAGUGUUGGAGGGCUGCUAUGGGCUGGGUGUGUGCAGCAGCUGGCUCUGGUGGAGAUGAUGUCCCUGCUGCGUGUGUUGCCCCUACACACCCUUGUAGCCACUGUGAGGCAGGUGGUAAAGCAACCACCCAUUGUCGAAGGCUCCCAGCAGACCUUGCCUCUGGAAGUGAGUGUGUUGCAAGUCUUCUAUGUGUAUGCUCAGCAAUGUCCUGGGUCUCAACUUGGGGAGUGUUGGGCCUCCUUGCUGUCCAUGGUGAAGGAGGGAACAUUGACCCUCUCUCCCCCAGCUCAGCUUGUUCUCCUUGCUACGCUUAAUGAGUUUGUUCAGCGAGCUCCCCAACUGCAAGAGAAAAAGGAUGUCAAGGAGUUGCAGGAGGUGUCAAGCAAACUCUUAGAGUCAUGCAGUAACAUUGCUGGCUCAGGUCUGGAGCCAACCACCUGGCUGCGGCGUAACCUAACUGUCAAGACGGAGAAUCCAGAGAAAAAGGAAGGUGUUAAUGAUGCUUCAGUCUACAGUGUGGCAGCUCUGAGUGUGCUGGCUGAACUUUUAGCACCUUUGUUAGAUGUGCUUUAUGUGAGUGAAGAGAAAGACAAGGUGGUGCCUCUGCUCACCAAUAUUAUGGCUCAUGUGGUGCCAUACCUUCGCAAUCACAUGCGCAGCAACAUGCCAGCGUUUGCAGCGUGCUCGCAGCUGUUGUCGUCCUUGGCUGGGUACCAGUACACAGUGCGGGCCUGGCGAAGGGAUGUGCUGGACCUGCUCCUUGACACCCACACCUUCAUGAUGCUGCCUCCAAUACUUACCUACUGGCGCACCAUUGUUGACUACCUCUGCACCCAUGAUAAAAGUGUAUUUAAAGAAUUGUUAAGCCGAGUUUCAUUAUCUCAAGGAGGAUCCCUCAGCCUAUUCUCCAGCAAGGAGUCAGAGUAUGAGACAAGAGCUGGCCUGCUGAAGAGGCUUGCCUUUACUAUUUUCUGUUCUGAGACAGAUCAGUACAUGCGUCACAUUCCAGAUAUUCAGGAACGUUUGGCUGAAGUGACCCGAUUGGGGCAGGUGGUUCCUCUCCUGGUGUCGCAGGUGCUGUUGUGCUUUCGUGUGCUGCUGCUGCGUUUGUCUCCUCGAGGGGUGACGUCGUUGUGGCCAGUCAUCAUCACUGAACUAGUUCAGGUGUUCCUCAUGAUGGAGCAGGAGCUAGCUACUGACUCUGAACAGUUCAGCAAAAAAGGGGGAAGCUCUCACUUGAAGAGACUGUCUACUCUGGACUCUUCCUGGGUGUUCAGCACACAAAAUGGCCUCAAUGCCCACAACCACCCAGCCUGGCUCACCCUCUACUUGGCAGCCUGCAAACUCCUGGAUUUGAUGCUUGCCCUGCCUGCCCAACAUCUUCCACAAUUUCAAAUGUAUCGAUGGGCAUUUGUUGGCCCCAUCCCCACCUCAAAUGCCGAAGAGAUGGAGGGUGCCGGAACCAUCCUCCUCAAGAGUUGUGACUUUGUGCCUCACAUUGCCAGAAUUGCUAAGCUAAUGGCAAAUAAGACUGGACCCAAAAACAAUAGAGUACUGGAGUACCGGCCUGGCCACCUGAUGCUGACUGUGACGAGCAUCAACACACUUAAUGACCUGCAGCCCUUCUUUAACACCCUAGUGUCCCCUUGCUUUGCCCCUGCUGGAGCCAGUGUGAACCAGCCACACUCCAGUUCCUUUCCCUCUGCAGCAGCACCCUCAGGUAGUGGACAGACAUCAUCGGCUGCAAGUUCACUGUCUUGCACCUCCACCCCUUCAACUUUUUCUCUAGCUCACAUAGAAGCUGUGAUUGAAAGGGACUUUCUCGAGCCUCUUCCCUCUUAGCAAUGUGUAUGUGUGUGUGUGUGUGUGUGGUGUGUGUGCAUGUGUGUGUGUGUGUGUGUUUUUGUUGCUUUGUUAUUUGUCUCCUCAUGUUGGUAUAGGUAGAUGUAUAGGCCACUUCCAAGUUGACUGUGAUUGUUUCAUUGUUUAAAAUAACAGUACAAGAAGAAUGGACAAUAUUGUGCAUAUGUACAUAUCUUUUGAGGAAAUAAAUGAAUAUAGGAAUCAGAUCUGAAAUAUCCAUAGAUUUGUUUUUUUAUAUAUAUAUAUAUAUAUAUAUAUAUAUAUAUAUAUAUAUAUAUAUAUAUAUAUAUAUAUAUAUAUAUAUAUAUAUAUAUAUAUAUAUAUAUAUGCAGGUACCUCUCAUUUUAUUCAAGUUUUGAAUACGUGAAUUUGAUUUAACGCAGUUGUUCAGGUUGUUGUCUGUAUUUGUAAUGAUGGGAUAGACAAACACUGAAUAAACUAAAGUCUGUAUAUUCUAUGGAAAGUAACAGGACACAAACAUGUACGUGCGGGCGCGAUACAGUAAGGGUGUGAACUGGCCUGAGAGGCCCUAGGAGGCACUGUGGUACAAACUACAUGUGAUGUUGAAAAGCAUUAUAAUGUGAUGUGAUACAAAUCAAAAUUCACAUCACACACACACACACACACACACACACACACACACACACACACACACACACAAACAGAUUUAACUUUGAUUCUGAUUCAGUUUGAUGAUUAUGCACUGGGCACCAGGCUUUGUGCAGAACAUGCAUAACACUAUAGUUUGAGAAAAGUGUUUAUGUUACACAAAAUCAACAUUAUCCAGACUCACCAGGAACACGCAAUAAUUGAGAGGUACCUGUAUAUAUAUAUAUAUAUAUAUAUAUAUAUAUAUAUAUAUAUAUAUAUAUAUAUAUAUAUAUAUAUAUAUAUAUAUAUAUAUAUAUAUAUAUAUAUAUAUAUGAAAUUAAGAAAAUGUCACUUCUGUCAGACUCAUGUUUUGACUUUUGGCAUUCAUAUUUAUGUUUCUGGUCAGUAACUAUUAUGCAAUUAUAGAUGAAUAUGUUAUUUAUUGAUUUUCGUAGGAAUUUCUAUAUUACAUUUAAGUAUAAUAAUGAAAACUAACAAUUGUAUUGAAUAUUUACUCUAUGAAAUAAAGUGAAUAAUUUCCUUUUAAGGCAGAUGUUUGAUAAAUGUAUAAUUUUCUUUUAAGUGUAUAAAUAAUUGUCAGCUAGCCCAGUGUAUAUAAUAAGAGAUAUAUUCAGACAGAAAGGGACCUAUGAUUGUUUUAGAUCAAAGAGAGUCAACCCGACCAACAUAUAUGGGUCUCUGAUGCCUUGAUGUGGUAAGAGCUCCUUGGAUUUUCCAUUGUUAAUCUAUUCUUAAGUAUUAACUUUUGUUCCUACACUUUUACUUUCUUUCCUACAGACCUCUCAGUCCUCGCUUAUCUCUCACAUGUGUCUAACAUUUCCUUAAAUUCUUAUGUAAGUUGAUUUAACUUGUAUACAUUAUUAACUCUAUUAUGGUCACUUUGAUUUGGUUCACCACUCCAGUUUUCUGGAACAAACCACAUAUGACCAGUAUGAAAUGAAUUCUUAAUUUUAUUUUUGAGUACAUUUUCAUGUGCAUGAAGCGAAUUUUGUAAAGGUUCAUAACUGACAAAGCUGUCAAAGCCUUAAGAACACUGUCUCAUGUUUUUAGAUGGGAACUUUAUGUCUACAUUAUAUAACCUUUUUUUGUUGAGUUUGAGACACACAGUCACUGGUAGAGCAAGAUAUCUGAAUAUGGAGGUAACUAACAGCAGCAGUAUAUUUAGUCAUUGUUCUCAUUCCACACUUCCUAUAUUAAGGUGAAAUACUUACUUGCCUAAGACUGAUUAGAGGUAUAUUGUGGUCCUUCACCUGAAGGCCAUGAGAGUUAUAAGUAUAAAUGUUGUAAUAAUUGUCUCUUCAUACAUCUCAUACUGCAUUCUCCUUGUUAUCACCUAUCAAAGUGAUAGACUGUCAGUAUAGGGAACAAGUGACUGUACAGUACAAUAUGAAGUUAUGUCCACAAAGAUUCAAGUUCACAUCCUUGUCAUGGUAAUAUUUAGGUGGGAUAUUCAGUGGUUCUUCCUGAUUCUUAUCCUUAACAGACCUAUACAUGCUUAGAAUGAAGAUUAUUUCAUAUUUUUAUACUACAGAACAAUCCCUAAAUUGAUUUUGUUCUCACCAAUCAUUGAAAAAAUAAUCUGGGAAAAAAAUAAUGAAAAAAGUUAUAUCUGAAGCACAAGAAAUUUAAUGGACCUCUGUCUCACUCUAGAACUUGCUGACAUGAUACAUGCAACGCCUGAUUCGUCUUGGUUGGUCAGCCAUGUGUUAAUUGAUUGUGUAAAGAUAGUAGAUAAAGAUUGGUUCUGAUUAUGCUUGACACUAUGUUUUACUUAAUUUAUCAUCUACUUCAAAGCAGUUUCAGUUAGGGCACAUGGCAAUUAAAAAGGAGAUGGACAGCUACUCUGUAAAAUUGUGGUCUUAUGUACACAGCUGUAUGAAACAACAACUCUUUUAUCUUAUUCUCAUAACCAGUGAUUUCUUUGUCCUUUGAUGUGUAUUAAAUUUGUGCCUUAGCAAAAUAUUUGGAACAUUUGCCAUCUGUGUACAUAACAUGAUUGUGCAGCAUAAUUUCUAUGCAAAAAAUAUGUAAGAUUGUGAGGAAGCAUUUGUGUGUGUGUUUGUGUGUGUGUGUGUGUGUGUGUGUGUGUGUGUUAAUAGAGUAGUAAUUUAAAGCAUUUUUCAUAUGCUUUCAUCAUAAUACCAAAGUACAUAUUCAAAUUUUUAAAUUUUCUUUUCAUGUGUAAAUGUUUAGUUGAUAAAUAAUUAUAAUUGAUGCAUAUUUUUAUUUCAAUUAUACUGUCAAUUAAAUAAAAAGUAAAAUUACAGUGCAGCUUCAAGGUUUGUAUAACUGUCUUUACUUGAAUGAUUUUAAUUAUUUUUGUUUAUGUAAACAUUUAAAUAGUUCAAGACAAAUAAUAUGAUAUAUAAGUAUAUGCAAUUCUAUUGUACAGUCUUUGGGAAAGGGAUGACUGUGUGUUUGACCAGUCAGAUUAUAUACGACUUGUUAUUGGUUUCAGUUAGUAAAUACAUAUUUUCCUUUUUA